AUGUCGACAAGGCAAAACAAGAAGAGGAAGGGGCGCAGCAAUGUGAUCAAUCGCGAACGCACUGUCACCACACUCACCGACGGCUCAGAGGGCUCGUUUCUAAUCCCAACUACUCCUGAAGAACCUGCUGGCAACAUCAUGUCUCCUCCGUUUCCUAUCGCCCUGUCAGGCUCUAGCGGAGCUCAAAAUAUCUCGCCUGCGUUCAAUACCUUCCCUACUUUCCCUGCCUACAACGGGUACAUGGCUCCCCUGGCAGCUCCUGCUUUCGCGCCACAACGUUCUCAGCCAUUCUUUCCCCCUCCAUCGCAGGGGAUGCCUGGUCAGAAUGACUUGGAAGUGCUAGAGAGACUUAAGGAAUCCAUUAAAAACGGCCAGCAUGAGUUUUUCAGGGCUAUCCCACAACCUGCUGUUCUCGCGGAUCUCUACAUGGGUCCCAACUCUUCUGGACAGGUGCCUCCUCAUCCUGAACAAGUACCCCCAGACUAUCAACAUAGCGGCUUUGAUGUGCCUUUGCCCCAUAACGGCCACCUUGCUGACAAUGGCUCUUUCGCCGACAUAAACGGUGGUUUUUCUGACCGGAACAACCGGACUCAGCCUCAAGACAUUGAAUUGCGGCAUGAUAAGAGAAAUCCUAUGAUGACGCAACCUUCUGUGAGCGAUUUGCAGUCAGAUUCAAAUAAUGUAGCUCAGUCGACACUCCCUUCCUCGAAAUCCGACGUUAGCAUGGGCCUUCCUACACCGCCUUCUAACGAUGAGAUACGCGUCAAGUCAGAGAAUAGUCCUAUUGCCUCAGAUACCUCCCCUGCUGGCUUGCAUGAUAAACCUGAAGCAACUUUGGACACAUCGCGCUCCGGACAUUCUGGUUAUCAGCAAGCUGAUUCAAAGUCCAUCGGGCGUACAACCUCGGACAGGUCUCUAGCUGCCGAAUCCACAACGGCUCAGAAGCCUCUCAGCGCUUCACCUUCCAAGUCCUCCCUUUAUGAUAGUAAGGAUGACAUUCGCCAGUCCCGGGAUACUUGGCCCUAUCGCAAUGGCUCGACUGACAAGCCACGAAUUGAUUCGGACCGCCGUCCUGGUGGGGAAGCGCGACCCAGUAAUGCCGUUAGCAUGGAUGCACGUGGCUCUGGGCCUGGUCCGCGAUUCCAUGACAGAGAACGCGAUAGGGAUAAGGAUAGAGACUGGGAACGUGACAGAGACCGAGAUAGGCGUUCAGACUAUGCGCGGUAUAGAGACGACCAGCGAAGUGACGAGCGUUCUCGUGUUUCGGACACUCGAAGACCAUACGAAUCUCGGUGGGCAGAUGCUCGACGAUAUGAUACGAAACCUUCCGAUUCAUCAAAUGGUCCAGUGAGGGUACCUCCUCCUUCCGAUGAUCGAAGCUCCCUUGAACAUCGUCCGACUCGUUCACUGGGCGAAGAACGUUCUAUCAACAGACUCCAUUCUGACAAUGCUUCAACGCGGUCUUUUGAGGAUAGACGCCCACCUGGACCAUCCUCUACGGAUGAACGUCCGACUAAGGUUUUGCCUGCUGAAGAUCGUCGUGGUCCUGCUCCACCGCAAUCAGACCGCCCACGAGAGCCUGAUGAUCGUCGGCCUUUGCCUUCGUCUGCUGCUCCUGCUCCUACUCCUGGUGACCGAGUGGGUCGACCGUAUGACGACCGCAGGGCUCCCCCACCUUCGAUUGCGGAUCGCCAAGCUAGGCCUGUUGGUGACGAUCGCCGCACCCCAGGCCUUCUACUUGCCGUGAACGAUCGACAAACGAGAGUCUCCGAUGACCGUCGCCCGCCACCGCCUGGUUGGAAUGAUGACCGACGUGGUCCUGUUCCUUCUGUUUCAGAUCGACAGGUAAGACUUAGCGAUGAUCGUCGUCCAGUCCCAGCGCAAGUGUCGGAUAGAUCAACCCGUCUUCCUAUUGAUGACAGUCGUACGCCGUUGCCUCCAUCUGGAGACCGCGCAAUCAGGCCGCCAGGUGAGGAGCGUCGUCCCCCUCCCCCCGUAACUGAAGAUCGCGACACUCGGGUCCCUCUUGGCUCUUUGAGCGAAGUAGUCACUUCCCGGCCCCCAUUGGACGAUCGUGGUAUCCGACAGCAACCAAGUCAAGAUGACCCAAAGCCGCGAUCUGUUGUACCCCUCGAAGACAGGUUGAGUCGCCCUCCACCUUUGCAAGAGCGUCUGGCCUCGAGUAGUAGUAGACCAGACGAUAGGGUGAGCCACCCGCCUGUUUCCCGUACAGAGCAUGGGAGUCACCCGCCUCGGUCAGAAGAUCGUCGGGUGGUACCCACUCUCGAAGAACGCUUGUCUCACGCGCCUGCUGGUAUAGAAGAUCGUGGGCCCCGCCCACCGCCUACUGAUGAUAGUCUUGCCAGAACUUUAAUGCCCCCUCCUGCUUCUGUUUCUGCUUCUGCUUCUGCUUCUGCUCGUCCUGCUGCCGUCGAAGACCGGAAUGUACACUUAGCUGAUUCUGCCCGACCUGCACUUGGUUCACUGUCUGAACGUGAUCGUCGUCCCGACGACCGUGGACGACCUCUGGUCUCAGAUCGUGUUUCCCGUCCCACUGAACAUGCAAAUGAUCGUGGGCCACCACGCUCGACCAUCUACUCUAAUGCACCUACAUCUCGUGCUGCCUCAGUAGCUCGCGAUUCCUCACGCGGUAAUGCUUUCAAGCCGCACUCGCCCACGCAUUCUCCGGUACGAUCUGAGCUACGUGAGUUCCGUCCGGCGGCUGAGCCACCACGCCCUUCCUAUCGUCAUGAGCCAGAUAGAUACACUAAUGACCGUCGUGGUAAUGUGAUGGAUGUCGAUACACCGGCAAGCCGGUUUGCGUCGUCAUAUCGCCGACCUUCAUCUCCUGUUGUAGCGGAUACUGCGGACCCUUACAUUUCUCGUGGGCGUACAUGGUCGCCCAAUGAGACGUAUCCGGAAGAGUCUGCACGGCGUGGUCCUGUUGAUCCGCAUAGCUAUGAUCGAAAUCGGCGUGCGGAUUACCCAAGUGAUUGGGAGUCGAUGCCCCCCCGCCAUUGGGACCGUCCUAUACGUGAUUACGAAAGAGAGAAUUAUCUAGAUGGAGACCCUGCUGCUCGAGCUAAUGGUUGGGAGACGCGAGAAGAACGUGAGCGCAGGAUAUCCUCUUCCUUCCCACUUAUAGAGUCGACCAGCACUACAUCGCGGGCAUUCGAGCAGCGUCCUCUUGGUACUCGCUUGAGUGAGGACUUUACGCGCGACGAUCAUCAAUUUGGAAUGGAUGUCUUGGAACGUACGCGGUAUGCCCCCGUUGACAUUGGCGCAUACUCUCGCGUUCGAGCCCGCAGUCCAAGCCCACUCAGGCGACAAGGUGCAGUGACAGACUUGCGGCCCGCCAUUAAGAGGCCUCGUGAAGACACAUACACAUCUAGCUAUUACACACUCGUCGAUCAGCCUCGCCCGCUUCCUGAGGACCUUCCGCGCUUGCGCUCAUCGCCUUCUGCGGGUGCGCCUUACUUCGACGAUCCGCGAGCACCUCCGCCUUAUGGGGGGUCUACGGCGCCUGCUGGUAAUAUGGUCCGCGAUCGCGAUUAUGUUGAUGCAAGGGAGCGAGCACCAGAGACAUACCCUUCGUACGAACGGCGCGAUCCUGUGUCGCGCAUAUCUCAGCCACGUUCUCCAAGCCAGUAUAAUGGUCGCUAUAGUCGAGAAGAUCGAAGAUACAGUGUACAAACACGCAGCUAA